AUGGAAUUAUCAUCAACAACAUCUUCUUCACUAUUGCAUUUCUUCAAGAUAAUCCUUGAUCAUACCAUUCAAGAUAAACGACUGGAUAUCCCGAAAGAAUUUCUUAAGAAGUUUGAAAAUGAACUGUCUGACACUGCAACCAUCGAGGUUCCUAGUGGUUCAAUAUAUGAGGGGGAUUCAAAAUUUCAUGUUCUUAUAUUCAACACGACUGCGACUGAGAUUGAAUAUCCAGAUUGUUCAAUAGUACAUAACUUCCGAAACAAUUAUAAAGAUAAAGCUCUAGUAAUCAAUCUCGAUUCUUAUAGCAGUGAUAGCAACAAUGGAACUUCUUCCCAAACUGAGUCUUUAUCAAGUAGUGGCGGUCAUGUCAGUCUGAAAACUGAACCAGCUGAUGAACAUGAUAUUCUUAAACAAAGGAAAGUGUUUUCCAAUACUCUUAAUACUGGAAGAUCAAGUACUUCAUGGGUAACACAAUCAAAGGCACUUGCAAAAGCCAAGGAGUUUAAGUCUGAGAAACCAUUCUUCAUUGCCAUUAUGCCCCCAUCUUCUGUAAAAAACUGA